AAAUCGUCUUCUCGUCCUUCUUUGUUUUUUUUUUGUGUGUGUAUGUUCUUUCUUUAUUCAUUGAUAAAUCCUUUUUUCAACUUAUUCAAAUGUCUUCCUCAAGUAAUAAUAUUGAAGUUCAGCGAGCAUGGAUGUAUCAGCGUAUGGAUCCAUAUACAGCGAAAGUUUCUGUAGAUUAUGAAAUUGGGUUGGCGCACUUCUUGAGUUUUGCUCAGCAACGAUUUUAUGAGGGAGGUAGAAUUUGGUGUCCAUGCCGGCAGUGUAAAAACGGAGAGCUUCCACGGGCAUUUAUAUAACAAGGGGUUUCAACCCAACUACUAUGUUUGGACAGCUCAUGGAGAAACGUUCGAGCCUCAAUACCAAUAUCAAGGGGGACACGAAUUUUUUGAUAACACUGCAUAUCAAACACCCGAACCGGAAUGGAAUUCUAAUGCAUACAUGGGUCAGUUUGCCUCUAGAGAAGAAAUCUUGAUGCCACAAACAAGAAUGAAUACUGAAAGGGGUGAACACUCUGACGAACCUGUUGUACCAGAUGAUGAUUGGGAAGUCCCUAACGCUGAGGCUGCUAGUUUUUUCAACCGUUUAAAUACUGCUAGCCAACCUCUUUAUGAUAAUUGUGUAGAAAGCUUGUCACAAUUCUCGUUAGCUGCUGAUGUGAUGCACAUUAAGACGAACCACAAUCUAGCCGAAACAUGUGUCGAUGAUGUUUUACACUUGAUUCAUAAGAUUUUACCUGAAGAUAAUGUUGCUUCCAAAAGCUAUUACGAAACGGAGAAGUUGAUGCGUACAUUGAGUAUGCCGUACCAUAGGAUUGAUGUCUGUCAAAAUAAUUGCAUUAUUUUUUGGGGUGACACCGAUGAAAGUUUAAUCAUAUGCAAAUUUUGUGAGCAUCCAAGGUACAAACCAGAGAAGACAUCGAGGAAACGUUCCUUUGCUACAAAACGUAUUCCAUACAAGAAGAUGUUUUAUCUGCAAUUAUCAGAUAGACUAAAAAGAUUGUAUCUUUCUGAGAGAACAACAUCACAUAUGAGGUGGCAUGCAGAACAUACAUGCCAUGAUGGAAAGAUGGAACAUCCUUCAGAUGGUAAGGCGUGGAAGCAUUUUCAAGAGCUUUAUCCGGAGUUUGCAUCUAAAAGUAGGAAUGUUUACCUAGGUCUUUGUACAGAUGGGUUUAACCCAUUUGGAUCAUCUGGUGGUAAUUAUUCUUGUGGCCUAUUAUUCUUACUCCAUAUAAUCUCCCGCCAGAUAUGUGCAUGAAAAGAGAAUAUUUAUAUCUUAGCAUUUUAGUCCCAGGGAGAACCCAUCCAAAACGAAGUUUGGAUGUUUUUUGCGACCGUUGAUUGAAGAAUUGCAGUCACUAUUUUGGUGUUGAAGCAUUUGAUGUUUCCAUCAAGCAGAAUUUCAAUCUAAAAGCAGUGUUAAUGUGGACGAUAAGUGAUUUUCCGGCAUUGGGGAUGUUAUCUGGAUAGACAACUCAUGGAAGAUUAUCAUGUCCGUAUUGUAUGGAGGACACCGAUGCUUUUCAAUUAAAGCAUGGUCGUAAAUCAAGUUGGUUUGAUUGUCAUCGAAGAUUUUUGCCACCAGAUCAUGUGUAUCAACAAAAUAGGAGAUCUUUUCUGAAGAAUAAGGGUGUCCAUAAGAGUGGACCUCAUUAUCGCUCGGGAGAUGAAAUCUUAGAGCAUCAUUUGGAUGAAAUUUAUGGAAUGCAGAAAACAGCUGAAUGUGGUGGCAACGGUCAUGUAAACACCUGAAUUGAAGGCUAUGGUGUUACUCAUCAAUGGCAUAAGCGUAGUAUUUUCUGGGAGCUGCCAUAUUGGAGGACAUAUCUUCUUCGACAUUGCUUGGAUGUAAUGCAUAUUGAGAAAAACUUUUUCGAUAACUUUAUUAACACUUUGCUAAAUCUCACAGGCAAAACAAAGGAUUCCCUAAACUCACGGAAAGAUUUGGUUAUGUAUUGUGAUCGCAAACCUUUACAUCUUACUGAGUUCGGGAAGGCUCCAAUUCUAAUAUUCAGGUUGUCUCCAAAUGCCAAGCGGGAAUUUCUGAAAUGGUUAAAGGAUGUGGCAAAGUUUCUGGAUGGGUAUGUAUCAAACAUAGGACGAUGCAUACACAUUGACCACGAUUCGAAAAUAUAUGGUUUGAAAAGUCACGAUUGCCAUGUCAUUAUGAAACGAUUAUUUCCGUUCAUUUUCUGUGAACUCCUGCCUUUAUAAGUCCAUGAAGCAAUCUCAGGUAAAUAUAAAUAUCUACCAUACGUAUCUUACCAAAAAAAAUAUAGUAUGUUUAAGUUAUUAUUUGGUUCACUUGUCAAUGUAGAUGUGGGUAUUUUUUUCCGCGAUCUCUGUUCAAGAUCGUUGAACAGAAGUGAGAUAUAUCGUUUGAAAAAUAAUAUAGCCCAGACGCUUUGCAACCUGGAGAAGAUAUUUCCACCAUCAUUUUUUGAUGUUAUGGAACAUUUGACUGUACACUUACCUGAAGAAGCUGAGCUUCGUGGACCGGUGCAGUUUCUAUGGAUGUAUCCAUUCGAACGAUUCAUGUUUCACCUCAAGAAAAAAGCGAAUAAUAAAGCAAGUGUUGAAGGUUCAAUUGUGGAGCAGUUUAUCAAUGAAGAAAUCACAAAUUUCAGCUUUCACCACUACGACUCUAUCGGAGAUAUUGUGUUAAAUAGUACUCAGAAACGACAUGCUAGUGGGUUUGCUCAGCUAUAUAACUACUCAUACGAUGUACCAGCAUUAUUUAGACAUGUUGGUGGGGGAAGUGGUAAAACAUAUUAUGAGUGGUUGAAUGAUGACGAUCACCACAUCGCCCAUACAUAUAUUCUCCUCAAUUGUGAAGAACUACAACAAUUUGAAAGAUUAUUUGACAAUGAGGCUAGAGAGAGAAAUGAUGGGCUCACCGAUGAGGCGUUAGCAACAUUGAAAGAAAGAGACUAUUCUGACUGGUUAUACAAUUUGAUUCCAAGCGAUUACACAAAUUCGUUGUAUCCGUUGUGGUUACAUGAGCUUGUGCGAGGGCCAAUACGGAAGUCCACAUGUUGGAAUGCAUACUUUUCGCGAGGAUAUAACUUUCAUACGGUUAACCAUGCAGUUAAUAAAAGUACAACCAAUUACGGGAUUUGUGUGCGGGGUAGUUCUGAAUACGAACAGACGUACUAUGGAAAAUUGCAACAAGUGAUUCAGAUCGCUUAUCACGGAGCUGUUGGGUUGAAGGUAACUUUAUUUCGAUGUGAUUGGUUUGAUACGACUUUGGGAUCAGGGACGAGAAUGUGUAAAGCUGGUGUUGUUGAGGUUCGUGCGUCUGGAGUAUAUCACAAGUAUGAUCCAUUCUUUUUGACAACACAAGCAGAUCAAGUCUGUUUUUUCCCAUACCCACGUGUCAAGCGCCGAUUAAACGAGUGGUUGGUUGUUGUGAAAGUAUAUCCGAGAGGAAUACAUGACAUAGUCAUCGAGCAAAGAGCACCAUUACAGGAAGUCGACAAUGAUCUUUAUCCGAAUUCAGUAAAUGUACUUAAUGUAAGAUCACUAGUUUUACCUGGUGUGGAUCUAGAAGAUAUUCCAGAAGAUCCAGUCGAUGAAGAUUCGGAAGAUCAGGAUUCUGAUGUGGAGAUGACAGAUGAAUCAGAAUAUUUUAGUUCAUGAGAGGAAGAAUAAUUACGAAUCCAAAAGACUUGUGCAGUUUCAAGAUUUAUGUUUCUCAUUAUGGAUAUCUGUGUCGUUAUAGUAGCUAUUUAAGUAUUUUACCUGUUUCAAGACGAAUACUAAAGAUCUUCACAGACUGUCAUAACAUGAGAAUUUUGAAGUUA